UUCACAGACAAUAUGUUCCCUCAUUACUCUCUCGUUCUCUCCGCUCACCCACUUUCUUCUCUCUCGCAUCUCGUUCGAUCGUUCCUGCAACACCGGCGAUCUUGCUGCAACACCGGCGAUCUUCUUUCUCCAUCUCCGAUCAGAAACGAUGCCUUCACGAUCAUCUCCAAAUCACAGUUGACACAGUUAGAGAUGUCGCAUGUGAGGGAAGAGAUUGCAAACGACCUUCGUGAACUACGACGCAGCCUCACUGGAGACUUGGACGCCCUCAAUCAUGAAGUGGAUGAUGUUAGGGCAGGUCAACUCGAUCUAGCUAACAUGGUUGUUGAUUUUAAGAAGCAUUUAUGUUCAUUGCAAGCGUCGUAUGUCAACAUCGUUUUGGGAGAAACAAGUGGAAGAAAGUGA